AUGAUGACCGAUGAUAAAGUGUGGAGUCAGAUAUCUGCUCACUGCCAACUGCUAAGUAGUCAGUACUUCCGUAAGGCUACCAUCUACCCUCGUACCGGCAAGACCCGUCUCUGCUCGGACAUGAUGAACGUUUUCCCGUCCUCUGCUAGGAUAACAGCCAUCGGAAAGUAUCUGGUAGCUUUGACGGCAUCUUUCGUUCCUCAGAAUGACGUCGCAGCAACUGAGCGUCGCAAACCGUCGCCAAAAAGGAAGCGCUUACAUCUUCUAUAUCUUCUAAACGAUCUCUUUCACGAAUCAAAAUAUCAUGGUGGUUCAUCAUCGAGCUUUGCUUCUUUAACCGGCCAAAUCCAACCCUAUCUCGUCGAAUUGUUUGGGCUAGCCGCCGCUUUUGAACGGGAGAAGUGCCCAAAACACCACAAGAGGAUUGAGGAUUUGCUCGACUUAUGGGAUAAAAAUGGAUAUUACGCCCCUCAAUAUGUCGAAAAGUUGCGUGAGACUGCCUGGAAUGCAGCUCAACUCGGGCCUGUUGCUUUGGAUGCUGCCAGGCAAGCGGAGGGCGGUUUCUCAACACCAUCUGACAAAAUACGCGACACCAAAAAUAUUCCUUUCGUGAUGCCAGCAAAUCAUGGCGACCCAUCGAUACCAUAUUACGAUCUCCCGGCUGGGAACAUGAUGCCACAUAUUAUACCGAAUUCGACAGCACCUAUCAAUCCGCAGCUUAUGAAACCUCUUCAGUUUGUCGCUGGACCAGCGGACGAGAGUCUGGUUACUGUUGUGAAGGACUUCCUUCAAGAUGUUAACAAUACGUUUGAUCAGGAAGCAGAUAUUGAUAACGGUACUGUCCAAGACAUUGACGAGCUGGGCCAGCCAAUCAUCCUCGACGAAGUUAGUGGAGAACGCCUCGGCGAGGCAUACUAUGGCUGGUCGCACGCGUUCUGCGAGAAGAUGAAAAGGCGGCGAGAAGGGGCUUCUGGUACCGACACCAGGGGAACAAGUCGUGGCCGAAUCUCAGCAGCGGCAGCAGAAUUCGGGAAAGAUCGCAAUCCCAUUCACGGUCACCAUCCUAUCCCCGAGAUAGAGACUCUCGAGCUCGUUUCACUGGCAGAUAUCGCUCUCGGUCUAGACCUCGUGCAUAUUCUCGCAGUCAGUCACGGUCCAGGUCACCUCGGUGGGAAAAUGACGGGUCUGGCAAACCAUCUCGAUCUCGUUCAGGGUCGAGGUCGAGGUCACCAAUAUUUCGGCCACCAAGCUCCUCAAACUUUGCGGGAUCGAUUCCUCCACAGCUGCCAACACAUUCUCCCACUCCUUACCAGGCCCCUUUUCCAAAUUCGAGCAUCCCUCCAUCUCCUUUUCCAGGUCCACUCGGUGCAGGGUUCCCUCUCGGACCCAGUGGCUUACCUGUGCCUCCGCCCCCACCACCCUUCCAUGGACACGGACAAUGGCCGCCUCCACCCCCACCUCUUCCCCCGAACGUGCCAUUCCAUCAAAAUGUACCUUUUCCUCCGUUUCCGGGCUUUGUUCCGCCUCCUCCUCCUCCUCCGCCUCCUCCUGGGCCUCCAUCUCAACAUCCUCUAG